GUAGGUGGAGUUUAAUAAGAAAAACAUGGCGAAAUACGACGAGGACCUUCAUGAUAAUCCUUUCUUUAUAACUCUCUCAGAAAAGUUUCCAGAUCUCUUUGACCUUGCGUCUGAAAAGUGCUGGAUGAUAUGCGUUCCUCGUUUUGAGACUGUUUUGCGUUCCAAGAUCUACAAGCAAGACGUAGAAACGCACAUACUGCUACCCGAGAAAGAGCUGGAGGUACCUGACGAAGAAGACAGCAAAAGCAAAGACCAGUCCAUGGCUUUUGUGACUUUAAAUGGAAAGUAUUUAUCAAUCCAAGGUGAAUAUAUAGUAACUGGUUGUGGAUUUAAAGAGGAGAGGAGGGUCAAGAUUCUAUUUGAUGAAAGUUUUUUCAAUUCAAAAGACCAGAGCUACCAAGUACUGUGCAUUGACAAACAGCUGGAAGGAGGACCUGAAGAGCAGCCAAUGAUGGUUGCUUCAUUAGAAACUCUUAGCGAUUGUCACGACUUUCUUUGGAAUCAUAAUGACCCAGCCUGUGAAAAAGUAAAGAAAACAGUUGACAGCUAUCUGAGUAGCCUAACUGUAAAAAUUGACUCAACUCCUGACCAAAUUAAAGACAUAGCUUUUGAAAUAUAUGAGACAGCAUUAGCUGAAAUAUCUAAGCUUCCCCACAUUAGAAAGCUUCACAGUGGCUCUGGCAAGAACUUCUUUGCAUUGGCCACAGAAACUUAUAUUUUGAAUAAGAUUCACUCGCAGCUUUUUAGACUCCUCUGCAGAACUGAAUUAGGAGAUUCAGAUAUUAAUAAAUACACUAGGAAAGCAUGCGAUGUCCAUUUUGCAGACCUAGGCAUAAGACAAGAGUACAGUCCUGGGUUGUCAAAGGCCAGAGAGCAUCUUCUAAGUCUUAACAAAUGCUCUAGUCCUUUUGAAAAGACUCGUUGUUUUAAACAGACAGUGAGCUCUCUCGGUGCUGGUAGUACUGCCAAAGGACUCACUGCUGAUGAACUUCUCCCUAUUCUGGUAUAUUUAGUACUUAAGUCUGAAAUACCAAACUGGAAGGUGAACUUGUUCUACAUUCAGCAGUUUCAUUUUUCAAACGUCGGGAGCGAAGAGAUCCUAUAUUACUUGACAUCUUUUGAAGCAGCUGUUGAAUACAUCACAACCAAAUCACUAGAAAAUAGCAUAUCUAUUAAUCGUGCAAGGUUCUACUGUGAGACUGAGACUCUAACAGUGACGAGGCUGCGCUCUUUCUUUGAUAGUGUGGCGAGAGAGGACGUGGAGAGUGUUGAAAAGCUUUUAAAACUACCGGACGAUAUUUCCAUGAGUCUUUGUCACCCUCUUUGUCACUGCGAAAAGUGUGCCCCUAUUGUAUCAAAUUACCACGACGACCCUGCCCGUGUUAGCAUUUAUUCGCGCGACUCUUUAAAAAGAACAGGCCUCCAUUAUGCAGCUCUUAUGGGGCAGGCAAUCAUCAUACAGAGACUGUUGGAGCUUAAAAGUGACAUUGAUGCUGUUGAUAUUAACCACCACACCCCUCUUCACCUGGCAUGUUUGCACGGCAACCAGAAAUGUGUUCUUUUCUUAUUGAGCGAAGGAGCAAGUAUCAACAAGAUGGACAGGGGUGGAAACACGCCAUUACACUUGGCAUGUUCCCAUGGACAUGAAGAGUGUGUCAAGGCAUUAGUGUUCAAUAAAGAAAAGUGUAAUGUUAAUCAUCAAAACAGUUUCGGCGACACUCCUCUUCACUUGGCAGCGCGCUGGAACUAUGGACUUAUAGUGCCUUUAUUACUGGAGCAUGGUGCCCAGUUUGAUAUUAGGAACAAGCUAAAUGAUACUCCUGCCAGAGCCUCUUACAAUACAAAGAUUUUUGUAAAUUUACAAUCUCUCGCGUCAAAUCGACACUCCAGUUUUUCAGCUGGUAGUGGAGGGAGAGGAGGAGAAGGAGGGAGAGGAGGAGGAAGAAGAGCAAGUGAAAAGGAGGAAACUGAUGGUGGCCGGGCAUCCUCCAGCGAUGUGAAGCUCAGGAAUAGCGACAGCCUAUCAAGAAACCCCACAAAAUCAAUUGCAAGGAGGAGGAGUACCCUUUCCUCUGAUGCACCUAGUGAAACUGAUAAACAGCUAAAGAAGCUCUUUCGUGCUAUCCACGAUCACGACAUCACAAUGGUCAAGUAUUUGUUUGGUAAUCAGGCCACACCCACUGAAGGAGGGGGAGGGGCUACUGCAUGCCAUCCUCUCUGUCAGUGUGAAAAGUGUCAAAAAUUGAGAAAAGGUCAUCUUGUUUUCUUGAAUGUCAAUGUACGCGAUUCACAUGGUAAUACCCCACUCCAUAAAGCAGCACUCAAUGGCUCUAGAGCAAUAGUGGACUAUCUUAUUAGCAGAGAUGCACCAAAGAAUGCUAGAACAAAGGAUGAGCUGUUGACUCCAUUACACUUGGCUUGUCAGUACAAUCAUAAAGAUGUUGUCAUGAAGUUGCUUGAAAAUGGAGCCGACGUUAAUCCAAGUGACGUCAGAGGAAACACUCCAUUGCAUUUCUGUUGCAACAAUGGGCACAUGGACUCUGCAGCUUUGCUAUUGAUACAUGGAGCUGAUGUAACAGCUCUCAAUGACAGAGGUGAUACUCCAUUACAUAAUGCAGCGAGGUGGAAUCAUGCCUCAUUAGCUAAAGAGCUGAUAUUAUAUGGAGCACAGUAUUCUCAUAGAAACAAUGAGGACAAGACACCGGAUGAUUUGACAACUGAUGAAGAAGUCCACCAUGUUAUAAAGCAGGCUAUGAGUGGUGAGAUAUCCAUUGGUGCAUACAAGCCCUUAUCUUCACCUCCUCAUGCUGGUAGCCCUAACAUUUCUGAUGACGACGACUUUGAACACAUUUAAUUCAAUUUAUAUUAUGAUAUUUUUUGAUAAUUUUAUAGCACAGUUUUUGAGUUUUUACUACUAGCUUGCAUGGCUUAUUUGAA